AUGGGGGAGAAAGUUUCGGAGGCGCCGGAGCCCGUGCCCAGCGGCUGCAGCGGCCACAGAAGCCGGAGUGCCGCGCCGACGGCGGCCAGUGCCGCCGAGUCCUCGCCCGGCGCUUCCUCCGCCGAAUCUUCCUCAGGCUCAGAAACUCUGUCGGAAGAAGGGGAGCCCGGCGGCUUCUCCCGCAGGCCGCCGCCACCGCCACCGCCGCCGCCGCCGGGAGGCUCCCUGGGCACCCGGCCGCCCGCCUCGUGGGCUCCGGUGCGCACGCUGCUGGACCGCGGAGUCCCUGCCCGGCCACCGGUCCCUGGAGGAGCCGCGCCGCCUGCGCCCCGGGGCAGCAGCGCGUCCCAAGAGGAGCAGGAUGAGGAGCUUGACCACAUCUUGUCACCGCCACCCAUGCCGUUUCGGAAAUGCAGCAACCCAGAUGUGGCUUCUGGCCCCGCCAAGUCCCUGAAGUACAAACGGCAGCUGAGUGAGGAUGGCCGGCAGCUGCGGCGAGGGAGUCUGGGGGGAGCCCUGACCGGGCGAUACCUCCUGCCGAACCCAGUGGCCGGGCAGGCCUGGCCAGCCUCUGCUGAGACGUCCAACCUCGUGCGCAUGCGCAGCCAGGCCCUGGGCCAGUCGGCGCCCUCGCUCACCGCCAGCCUGAAGGAGUUGAGUCUCCCCAGAAGAGGCAGUCUUUGCCGAACAAGCAACCGGAAAAGCUUGAUAGGCAAUGGACAGUCACCAGCAUUGCCUCGGCCGCACUCCCCUUUGUCUGCUCAUGCAGGAAACAGUCCUCAAGAUAGCCCAAGAAAUUUCUCCCCCAGUGCCUCAGCCCACUUUUCAUUUGCACGGAGGACCGACGGACGUCGCUGGUCACUGGCUUCCCUCCCCUCCUCUGGCUAUGGGACCAACACGCCCAGCUCUACCGUCUCUUCAUCCUGCUCCUCCCAGGAGAAGUUACAUCAGCUGCCAUACCAACCGACGCCAGAUGAAUUACACUUCUUAUCAAAACAUUUUUGCACCACCGAAAGCAUUGCUGCUGAGAGCAGAUGCAGGAACACUCCCCUACGGCCCCGAUCUCGAAGUCUGAGCCCUGGACGAUCUCCUGCCUGCUGCGACCAUGAAAUAAUUAUGAUGAACCAUGUCUACAAAGAAAGAUUCCCCAAGGCCACCGCGCAGAUGGAGGAACGCCUGAAGGAGAUCAUCAGCAGUUACUCCCCCGACAGUGUCCUGCCCCUGGCAGACGGAGUGCUGAGUUUCACUCACCAUCAGGUUAUUGAGCUGGCCCGGGACUGCUUAGACAAAUCCCACCAGGGUCUCAUCACCUCGCGAUACUUCCUUGAAUUGCAGCACAAGUUAGAUAAGUUGCUACAGGAGGCUCACGACCGCUCCGAAAGUGGCGAACUGGCCUUUAUUAAGCAGCUCGUCCGAAAGAUCCUGAUUGUCAUUGCCCGGCCUGCUCGGUUAUUAGAGUGCCUGGAAUUUGAUCCUGAAGAAUUUUACUAUCUAUUGGAAGCGGCAGAAGGUCAUGCAAAAGAAGGCCAGGGGAUUAAAAGUGACAUUCCCAGGUACAUCAUUAGCCAACUGGGGCUCAAUAAAGACCCCCUGGAAGAAAUGGCUCAGUUGGGGAACUAUGACAGUGGGACGGCUGAGACACCAGAAACAGAUGAAUCUAUCAGUAGCUCAAAUGCUUCCCUGAAACUUCGAAGGAAACCUCGAGAAAGUGAUUUCGAAACAAUUAAGUUGAUUAGCAAUGGAGCCUAUGGGGCAGUCUACUUUGUUCGGCAUAAGGAAUCCCGGCAGAGGUUUGCCAUGAAGAAGAUUAACAAGCAGAACCUCAUCCUUCGAAACCAGAUCCAGCAGGCUUUCGUGGAACGGGAUAUCCUGACAUUUGCAGAAAACCCUUUUGUCGUCAGCAUGUACUGCUCCUUUGAAACGAGGCGCCACUUGUGCAUGGUCAUGGAGUAUGUGGAAGGGGGAGAUUGUGCUACCUUAAUGAAAAACAUGGGCCCUCUUCCUGUUGAUAUGGCUAGAAUGUACUUUGCCGAGACAGUUUUGGCCUUGGAAUAUCUACAUAAUUAUGGAAUUGUACACAGGGACCUGAAACCAGAUAACUUGUUGGUCACCUCCAUGGGGCACAUAAAGCUGACAGAUUUUGGAUUGUCUAAAGUGGGACUGAUGAGUAUGACCACCAAUCUUUAUGAAGGUCAUAUUGAAAAGGAUGCUCGGGAGUUCCUGGAUAAGCAGGUCUGUGGCACGCCUGAAUACAUCGCACCUGAAGUGAUUCUCAGACAGGGCUACGGGAAGCCAGUGGACUGGUGGGCCAUGGGGAUUAUCCUGUAUGAAUUUCUGGUUGGAUGUGUGCCAUUCUUUGGGGACACACCAGAAGAGCUAUUUGGACAAGUCAUCAGUGAUGAGAUCAACUGGCCUGAAAAGGAGGAGGCUCCCCCACCGGAUGCCCAGGAUCUGAUUACGCUGCUCCUCAGGCAAAAUCCCCUGGAGAGGCUGGGCACAGGUGGCGCAUAUGAGGUCAAGCAGCAUCGAUUCUUCCGUUCUUUGGACUGGAACAGUCUGCUGAGACAGAAGGCAGAAUUCAUUCCCCAACUGGAAUCCGAGGACGACACUAGCUAUUUCGACACUCGGUCAGAAAAGUAUCAUCAUAUGGAAACCGAGGAAGAGGAUGACACCAAUGAUGAAGACUUCACCGUGGAGAUAAGGCAGUUCUCUUCGUGUUCACAUAGGUUUUCCAAAGUGUUCAGCAGUAUAGAUCGCACAACUCAGAAUCCAGGAGAAGAGAAGGAAGACCCUGGGGACAAAGCCAAAAGCAUUGCUCUGCCAUCCACAGAAACGUUAAGCUGGAGUUCGGAAUACUCUGAGAUGCAACAGUUAUCCACCUCUAACUCUUCGGAUACUGAAAGCAACAAGAGGAAACUCAGUUCUGGCCUACUUCCCAAAUUGGCUAUUUCAACAGAGGGGGAACAAGACACAGCUGCCCCCUGCCCCAGUGAUGCCCACCCAGAGCCAGAGAAGCCAGCCCUUCCACCUGAGGAGUGUGCCCAGGAGGAACCUGAGGUUACCACCCCAGCCAGCACCAUCAGCAGCUCCACCCUGUCAGUUGGCAGUUUUUCAGAGCACUUGGAUCAGAUCAAUGGACGCAGCGAGGGUGUGGGCAGUCCAGAUAAUUCCUCAAAGCCGUGCAGUGAGCCCGCCUCCCACAUGGCCCGGCAGCGAUUAGAAAACACAGAGAAAAAGAAAGUCUCGGGCAAAGUCACCAAGUCCCUGUCUGCCAGUGCCCUGUCCCUCAUGAUCCCAGGAGACAUGUUUGCUGUUUCUCCACUGGGCAGUCCCAUGUCUCCCCAUUCCCUGUCCUCGGACCCCUCCUCCUCCCGGGAUUCCUCUCCUAGCCGGGACUCCUCGGGAGCGUCUGCCAGUCCCCAUCAGCCCAUCGUGAUCCACAGCUCGGGGAAGAACUAUGGCUUCACCAUGCGUGCCAUCCGGGUGUAUGUGGGAGACAGUGAUGUCUACACCGUGCAUCACAUCAUCUGGAAUGUGGAAGAAGGAAGUCUGGCCUGCCAGGCUGGACUGAAGGCCGGGGACCUGAUCACACACAUCAAUGGAGAGCCAGUCCAUGGACUUGUCCACACUGAAGUUAUAGAGCUUCUACUCAAGAGCGGAAAUAAAGUAUCAAUCAACACUACCCCGUUUGAAAACACUUCCAUCAAAACGGGACCAGCUAGAAGAAACAGCUAUAAGAGCCGGAUGGUGAGGCGGAGCAAGAAAUGCAAGAAGAAAGAGAGCCUGGAGAGGAGGAGAUCCCUUUUCAAGAAGCUGGCCAAGCAGCCAUCUCCCUUACUCCAUACCAGCCGGAGCUUCUCCUGCCUCAACAGGUCCCUGUCCUCGGGAGAGAGCCUGCCCGGGUCGCCCACGCACAGCCUGUCCCCGCGCUCCCCCACGCCCAGUUAUCGCUCCACCCCUGACUUUCCAUCAGGUACUAAUUCCUCCCAGAGCAGCUCCCCAAGUUCUAGCGCCCCCAACUCCCCAGCGGGAUCGGGGCACAUCCGGCCCAGCACACUCCACGGCCUGGCCCCCAAGCUCAGCGGGCAGAGGUACCGCUCAGGACGCCGGAAGUCGGCUGGCAGCAUCCCCCUGUCUCCACUGGCCCGGACGCCCUCUCCGACUCCCCAGCCCACCUCUCCACAGCGCUCACCAUCCCCGCUGUUGGGACACUCCCUGGGCAGCGCCAAGAUCGCCCAAGCCUUUCCCAGCAAGAUGCACUCCCCUCCCACCAUCGUCAGACACGUGGUGCGGCCCAAGAGCGCCGAGCCCCCGCGGUCCCCGCUGCUCAAGCGCGUGCAGUCCGAGGAGAAGCUGGCGCCCUCCUACGCUGGUGACAAGAAGCACCUGUGCUCGCGCAAACACAGCCUGGAAGUGACCCAGGAAGAGGUGCAGCGGGAGCAGAGCCAGCGGGACACCACGCUGCAGAGCCUGGAAGAGAGCAUGUGCGACGCGCCAUCUCUCAGCCGUGCACGCCCCGUGGAGCAGGGCUGCCUGAAGCGCCCCGUCUCCAGGAAGCUAGGCCGACAGGAGUCGGUGGACGACCUGGACCGGGACAAGCUCAAGGCCAAGGUGGUGGUCAAGAAACCAGAGGGCCUCCCAGACAAACAAGAACCUUCCCAGAAAGCCCCUGGUCUCAAGAGUGACUUGGAAAAUCACCCUCUGUCAAGACGGGAGGAGAGAGAGAAGAAAGUUUACUCCAAAGCUUUAGAAAGAGCAGGUCAUUUUGACAGCAAAGCCACCGGGCCAGAGGCCCCGACCAUGGGCAGUUUGCUACGAGAUGCCCUGCAUAAGCAGGCCAGCGUGCGGGCCACUGAGGGGGCCACGUUGGAUGCAGUGGCAGCCCCUGGCUGCAGUCCUGUGCCCAAGGAGCAUAGCCAGGGCCCAGGGGACUCCAAACGGGCCCUUGCUGCCAGGCCCCUGCAGGAUGGUGUCUGUGCUUCCCUGGAGCGGCCCACCUCCUCUGGGCGGGGUGAGCAUGCAGAGAAGGGUCCCCAGGCCAAGGAACACUUCCGCAACGAGAAGCUGGACGGCAGACUGGCCAACAUUGAUUACCUCUGGAAGAAAAUGGCAAUCGAAGACAAAGAUGACAGCCCUGGCCCAGGGCUGAUGACCAACACCCACGAGUGCCUGCCGGGGAACCCCCUCCGGCCCGUGGGUGGGCAGCAGGACACCCCAACAGCAGUCGAGAGCCGGGCGUUUAUCAGCAGCACCCACACAGCCCCGAUGAGCGCCGUCUCCUUUGCUCCUCUCAAAGCCUUAGCUGGCCGAGUGGACGGGGGGACAGAGAAGCCGGGCUUGGUGACCUCCACCGAGUCCCCUGUCAGGAAGAGCCCCGAGUAUAAGCUGGAAGGUAGAUCGGUUUCGUGCCUGAAGCCCCUCGAGGGUACUUUAGACAUCGCUCUCCUGUCGGGACCCCAAGCCUCCAAGCCAGAGCUGCUUUCCCCGGAGUCUGCCUUGAGUCCCAGCCCGAGCAGUGACGUGGGGCCCCCCAUGCCACCGGGCAUCCCCAUCAGCAGCAGCGAGAAAAGGGGUGAAACUGCAGGUCCAAGAGAGCUUUCCCCUGCCAGCUUAAAGGUGAGUAAGUCGUACCUGCUCGAGCCUCGGUUCCUGCCCCCCAGCCGGAGUCUGCAGGCGCCACCAGCAACUCCAACCCCUGCCCAGGAGCUGAAGCCGGACCGGAAAGUCACUCGCCUCACUAGCAGGAGCCCUGGGACAGUCACCGAGGACCUGUCACAGAGAGAGAGUCGUCCUACCCCCACGGACACCAAGCUCCUCCCCUGCCCAGCACAGAGCCCGCACAGUGCAGAGCCAGCCAGGCCACGGGAAACAGGUCCUCCCGAAGGGGUCCCCUCGAAGGAGAAGUCGAGGGAAGUGAGUGAGGGGGGCCCUCCCACAGCCAGAAGCGAGCGGCCCCCCUCCAGGGCUGACACACCCAGACAGCCCUCUGGGGAACUGCGUCCUCCAGAAAGCAUCAGGUCCAACGACGGCUCCCCAGGCCUCCCGUCUGUGGGCAGGACCUGCCCGCAUCUCCAUGCGCAGAGCCAGAGCCCAGACGACGCGGCAGCAGCCGAGGCAACGGCGGCCGGACCUUGCAGGAAAACCAACCACAAAGAUGGCCGGGAGGAGGAGAGGCCGCUGCCCAGGCAGGAGUCUUCCUUGCACUCAGCUGGGGCUCCCUGUGACAAGGAGUUUGGCAAGGGCAGAGGUAGCCUGGAGCCCAAGCCCAAGGGCCCUCCUGCCAGGUACUGUCUGCCCGGAAGUGACAGAGGCAAAAACGAGCAGCUUGUGCAUCCCCCAGGUCUGCAGGACAACGCCAAGGAGCCCACGGAGCGGAAGGAACAGCCUACACAGAGACCUCUGAACGCUAGCCCUCAGCCCCUACUGCCCACCAAAGACCUGCCCGGCCUGGCCUCGCCCUCAUGGCAGCAGUGCAGUGCCCCAAGUCACGCUUCUGGCAGAGAGCUGGGGCCCAAGGCCACCGCUGCAGAACGCAAGCCAGGCCCCCAGGACCCUGCCAAGCCUGCCGCAGUGCCCAGUGACAACAGUAGCCACAGGCAGCCUGGUCCUGAGCCCAGCCCCACAAAAUCAAAGAACCCAGAGAAGUCCCUCUCCGCCCCCAAACCCAGCAUCAUCGGGGUUGCCAAGGGCAAGGAGCCUGCUAGCCAGGCCCUCUCCAGCUCGGCCAAGGGCAGCAGCAGAGCUGGGUUGGAUGCAAACGCCCAGAUCAGAGGUUGUAAUGUGGUUGACCAGGGAGAUGCUGGGCCCUGCAGUCCCCUGAAAGCUGAAGGGAGCCUGCCAGAUGCCAGACUGCAGACCCUCAGUAGUGGGCAACCCCCGGAGGCCCGGGAGAAGCCUGGGCACCGGCCUGAACAAGGACACCUGGGCCUCGGCCAGCCCACUGACCAGGAGCUGCCCACAGCCACUGAUAAGCCAAGCCUGUUUCCAAAGCAGCCCAAACCAGCCACUGUGAAAGAUUGCCCUCCUCCUGCUUCCUGCAGACAGACAGACAAAAGCUCUGGCCAGCCGGCUCCCGAAGGGAAGAAACCCACAGAAGCACUUUACCACACGACAGCCGAUGGCACCAAGCCAGAGGCCAGCCCGUCCCCCGCACACACGGAGGGCCGAGCCAAAGGUGCCACCACCGAGAGGCCGGCCCUGGGAUCCGGGAAGGGCUGCGCCGAAGCCAGAGCGAAGGGCAACGGCGCCCCGAAGCCACCAGCCGAGGUCUCCAAGCCGGCUGGCAUGAAGCGGUCGCCCUCGGUGUCCGGGCAGAGCACCUUGCGGGUCGUGGCUCUUCCCGAGAAGCCGCUCAGCUCCUCCUGCAGCUUCCCAGAAGCCAGAUCCCGAGGACGGGAGGCCACCACCGCCGCCACAGGGGAGGCGGCUGCACCCAUCAAGGGCCACGCGGGCACCGUGGAGCUCCCCACCUCCAGGGACCAGCACAGGGCCCCCGCCGCGGGGGGCGACGGCAGAACCCAGAUGACCAAGAGCGACUCUCUGCCCUCCUUCCGAGUCUCCACCCCGCCCACCGAGGCCCAGCACCCAGAGCCCAGCUCGUGGGACAGGGCCAGUCCCCGGGACCGCGCGCUCUCGGGAAGCAGGGAGACACGGGGGACGACAGAGCCUGCCCCGGUCAGGAAGCACACGGCGGGCAGAGAGACCGCCAAGCCGUCCCCGGCUGCCAGCGUGGACCGCCCCAUCACCCUUUCCUCCGAGAAAGAUUUCGUGGUCCGGCAGAGGCGGGGGAAAGAGAGUUUGCGUAGCAGCCCACACAAAAAGGCCUGCUAA